AUGUCAUCUGCUGGCCAGUCUCUCUUGGCUCUGUUGCGGCCGCUUCCAAAGGUGAAUGGCUCAGAUGCAACCGCGAGCUAUCCGGUAGCGGCCGAGUCCGAGGAAAACCCCGAAAGGAGGGUUGCUCCUUCAGGCGAAGGACUUGAGUCAGAUGUGAAGCGCCAAGACAGGAGACCUGGCAACGCCUCGCCUCCCGCGUGCACCGUUUCGCGUGGGAGCGCAUUCGCAGGUGUGCCCGCUCGUAACGUUUCCUCCGAGGCUGCUAGGCAGCACUCCUCCGGUUUUACCGUCACGUCCACCACCGCAGCUUCAGGUGUAUCGUCGGCGCAGCAGGCGAGCCUGCUCCCGCCUCAUGAACGCGACCCCGCUAUUCUGUCUGCAUCUCCCUUCUCGCCUACAGUCCGUUCCGCACCCUCGCCUGUAGCACACAAUUCGCCGGCGCAGCAUCCGUCCGUUGCCGCAACUCGGCCGAUUCGCUCGUCUACCGGCUACACGUCGUCGUCUUCUGCAUCGCGUCUCCAUCCUUCCGAGUUGUCUGCCGAUACCAGGUCUGUCUAUUCCAUGCAGACCACACCCCCGUCUCCAAUUCAAGAGUUGCCCUCAGGUUUUCCCGAGAGGGAGGCGCCAAAGGACGGAUUUCGUUCAGACGGCUUUAGGCUGUCGGAGCCUCUGGAAACAGGCGCUGCUGGGGCGGAAGGAAACACUGGGCACCGGACCUCCGCGGUGGACCCGAAGUCGGUGUCCUCCCUCGGAGCUUUGCCCUCGGAGCCUUCGGUCUCAAACACCUCGCGAGUGCUGCUGGCGGCGUUGGGUUCCCCGCAGCCGACGCUCUCCGCCCACAUCAAACGCGAAGAGAUUGGGUUUCCCCCCGUGUACGGUGCUUUGGAGCGGCCUGCGAAUGUGGAUUUGCCAGGCCAGGCGACUGUGCCCGGUGCCCAGGAUGGACGGAGAGGAAGCCCGCGUUUGUCUUUUGAGAUGCUUCCGGCAUCGACAGUUGCCGUGGGCGAAGAAAGCUAUGCAGUCUCGAGUCGGCGAAAAAACGCUGGCGUACCAGUCUCCGAAUUCAUUCUCACCGAAACUCGAACUGUGGAAGUUCGACAGAGGACACCAGAGAGGGCCGACGAAACAAAAAGAUGCGACGUCGCAGGGAGCGUACACGCGUUUGCGUGUCUAGACGGUGGCUCUCGGGGUUCACUGCCAAGGGUGACAUCACCGUCGGGAGGAAGCAGCAGAGCUGCCUUCUUUUCUUUUCCAAACCCAGUCUCAAGCGGCGCUCCACAGUGCGUGUCGCCCGUUGUUGUACCGUCCUCUACCGAGCCGUUGGCUGAGGGGAUCCUGGGAGCCUCGACGUUGCCUGCUGUCUCGGCAGGGCGCUCAGGACCGCCGAGAGAGGCUUACCGCACGUCAUGCGGGCAGUCUUUAGGUUUGAAGAAAGACAGUGCUGGUUGGGAGGUUCUGUCUGCCGGGGAGGUUCCGGGGAGAGAGGACGCCGCGGGAAGCGAGAAGAAAGACGAGAAGAAGGAGAAGGGAAGGAAGAAGAAGAGGAAGAAGGACCGAGAAAACGAGGAGAAGAAGGAGCGAAGCACGCCAAACAGUUCUGAUAAUCAGGGUGGUCCGAGCUGUAAUGAGGCAACAGCCAACGACAGCACCGGAGCGGUAGGAGCAGAUGCCUCUACGAAUCUAACGGCUGAAAGAGAGAAAGCGAAUGGAAUUAAACGGAAGUGCCGAGACUCUGCUCUGUUAGAUGAAGCCCUGCUAGACUGUUACGGACGCUUCAUAACACUGCUUCCCGACGCCUUUCUCAGAGACCGAAUUCACCUGUACUUCCAAAUUCAAGAGGCGUUCUGGUGGUAUGACGACAUUUGGUGGGAGAAGCAUGCAGACCGCCUUCCUAAGUUGACCUUGAAAGAUUUUGGAUGCCUGAUUUGCCACGACUGCCCCAUUCUCCAACACUACAUCCCCCCUGAAAAGCACGACAAAUUCCUGGCCAACUGGAAGCGCUACUGCCGGACGAUUCCUUUGCGGGGGGCAAUUAUUCUCAACGAAGAUCUCUCCAAAUGCCUCAUGGUCACAGGGUGGAAGGGUGGCACCUGGAUGUUUCCACGUGGGAAGGUUGACGAGAUGGAGCAGGAUGCAGUGUGUGCGUGUCGCGAGAUAUGGGAAGAGGUCGGCGUGGAUAUAUCGCCGUACAUCGACGAUGAAGUGUAUGUGGAGCAUGUCAUCGAGGAACAGCCUAUCAAGCUGUUUAUCAUUCCGGGAAUAAAGGAAACGGUGAACUUCCAACCUCUGAAACGCAAAGAAAUCGGACGCAUCGGGUGGAUCGACACGUGGCGGCUCCCAGGGUGGCAGCUGUCGCCGUUACACCCGAACUGCCCGACUUCGGCGGCGAUUUUGGAGCAACAGAAAUACCUUCGGACGUGGCAAGUCGAGCCGUUCAUCCCGGCUCUGCGAGGGUGGAUUGAGCUCCUGAAGAAGUCUGCGCGCCGUGUCGCGGCUGUGGCGGCCGGUUCGCCCACGUCGAUGCAGAGAACGGGCGGCGUGAGUCCACUGUCUUCUGUCUCUCUGCAGUUGCCUGCUUCCUCGUCCACAUGCAUCGCCGGGUGUUACUACCAGGUUGCGCCCGAUGUGUCGCGACACGUGAUUGAGCACCUCCAGGACGCCGCGAGGGCUCUCCCGUACAGCGCCGCCCUCGCCGGCGUUCGCCUCAAGCCGCCUUCGGCUCUACGGCAAUGCCCCUCGCCUCAAAAAGGCCGCUUGAACGCGCCCGGAGGAUCGUUCCCGGACACGUUCCAGGCGGCGACGAGCCUAGUCACGCGCCCGCCACAGAGACAGAUCGGAACGCUCCCGUGGACGGGCUCUGUGGCGGCCGGACCGGCUGAGAGUGUUGCGAGUGGAGACUCUCUGCUUCCAAAUAGCGGCAGCCUCCGGACGACGCAGCCGCAGGGCAGGAAGGCGGGCGCGGCCGCCCCGGGUGUACGUACACCUGUCUUGCCGGUCGGCGGAGAAGCAGGCGCGGGAUCUGUCUGUACACCGGAGGGAGUGCCAGGUGAGAAUCUGAAUGAAGGCCUGGAAGAGAGCAUUGGACAUGCGGACGACGCGCCCUUUGGAGAUCCCUGCAGCGUCAGUGGUGGAGCGGGUUUUUCCGGCUACCAUCUGCCUGCAGCAGGAACAGGCCGCGGCCAUCUCGUGGGGAUGAGAUUGCGGGAAGUCGGCCUGCGGAGUUUCGACGACCAGGAUGUCGAGCGGCGGCGUGCUCUCCAACAGCUUACUUUUGGUGGACCGUCGAGCGCAUUUGUCACGGCGAAAGCUCCUUCGUCGCCCUCCUCGACGGGCGAGCGGGCCGCAAAGACCCCACGGGGCAACCGUCCGGCGUCUUCGAGUGAGACAUCCUCCGGAGAAGGGCGCGCCGCGGCGGGUGCAGACCCGAAGGGUCAGAGUGCUGCCUCUGCGGGCGGCGGGAAGAAGAAAGGCUCGCCCGCGGCUGCCGGCGGAGACCCGCGAGACUCGUGUUGGCGCUCGCCGCCGGUGGCUGCUCCUGCGCGGAAGAAAGCCACGUCCCUGGAUGACUUGGGAGUCACGUACCACGUGACGACCCGGGGCAGCAAGCGCGGCGAACGGGCGGGCCCAGGUUCCUGCAAGAAGACGCGCGCUUGGGGCUGGGACAGGUGUAACGACACGACCUUUGGAGGCGGCCACGGCGGCGGGUGGAGCGUGGAGGAGAUGUUUCGCUUCAAUGAGGAAAACUUCGGAGUCGUUUCCACCUACGACAUCGAAUCGUAUACCGUCCCGCUCCCGAAGAAACGCCCGUCUCUCCAGGGAGGGGAGGGCAACCCUCGCCAUGGCCCUGCGUGGGCGGGGGCUGGGACCGACCAGUCGGCGCUUCCACAGACCCAACCGCUUCGCCAAAUCGGGGUUGCCUCGGCUGGCGACAUUCCCGAAGGCGGACGCGCGCGGGGGAAAUAUGGGGGCAGGGCGGAAGCGGCGGUCUCUCAGAGAGUGGCGGUCAGCUGUCGCGCACGAGAGGAAGUGAAAGGCGAGGAGCGUCAGAGCGCCUCCUCUUCCAAUCCACAGCCUCUCCAGUCGAAGGUGGCGACUCCGCCUGAGGACCCGAGAGGUGAAGCUGCACGAGGCACCGUCGAAAAGUCAGACCCGCGAAACGCGGGCGGGUCACGGAGCGGUCCAAGCGUCACGACUGGAGUUUCGGUCGCUAAGGGAGGAAGUCCCGGGACUCCUGGGGGCGUUCCAGAGUUGCUCAGCAGUCGACUUUGCCAGAAUGCCCAGGCGUCUGCGGCCCUCCUCGGUCUCCUCAAGGGAAGCGCGGCCAGCCAAGUUCCACUUUCUCUCCCGGGGAGAGGGGAGGCGCGUGGGCAGAGUCUCGAGACCGCGGCAGACUCGAGAUUGGUGGCAGGUGACGCGAAAGCGGUGCAUGGAGGCGAGGGCAGCAGCCCCGCGGAGGCCUCUGAGGCGACAAAGGUCGCUCCGGCCUCGGGAAUGGAGCGGGUAGUGGACGGUUCGGUCGUGAUUAAGGGCCCGUUCGUCUUCGAUGCGUUUCUGCAGAAAGUCCAGGAGCAGCGCGCGGGCCUCGCGUUGCCCCAGGUGGAGUCCCCUCUUCCCGCCAAAGUUGCGGAGGAGAAGACCGACCGGAAGGCCGAGGGAGGUCACCGACCCAUGCCGACGCGAACUGCGACAGAGGGAACUGCAGGGGCAGGCCGGCCCUCGACGAUGCAGGCGGCGGUCUCUCCGCCUGCGCGGGCCUCGUGCUCCCCUUCCACAGGGCCUUCCCACCGCCUGGUGGCGGGGCCGGAGGCAGGCCGAGAGACGGGGUAUCUUGGAACGGGAGGCGACGGGGUCUGCUCUACCCCCAAAACCCCUUCGUGUGUCUCCCCCCCACGGUAUCUUGCUGAGAAGCAGCGUCGGCAGCAGGAAGCUUUGGCGAAGUCCGUCCGCCUGGGCCCAGAAGACAACUCCAGAACACUGGCGUCUCCUCCCCCCGCGCCGUACAUUCACUCGAUUGAUUCGCCCGGCUAUGUCAGUGAAGGCCCCACCCUGGGGCGCCUCGCCAACGCUCUCGGCUCAGAGGUGUGUCUUCCUUCUCUCGAAUAUCUGAAUGACUGCAGAGAGCGAGACGAGGACGCCUGUGGAGACGACGGACAAAGAAUGCGGAACUCGACUGCUGUCCUCUCCCGAACGGGGGACCGAUGGGCCGGAGAGACAGCGGGGAUCGCGGAGGGCGCACGCGCUGGCGGGGUUCGGGGGCUAGGAGACUCCCCAGCGGUGUUGGCCCAAAACGCGCACCGAGGAAACGACAUCUUCGACCGCGAGAGUCUUCCGAUUGGUGGGAUCGCCCCGGAGUCGUGUGUGGCGUCUGGAGAGGACGGGCGAGGGCGAAAGGGAAACACGAAUGCGGCGAAAAAAGCGGGGACCCCCGGACCUGCGGGACGUUCCGCUCGCCAACGGCAGUUGAGCGAUGUAGAAGAUCCGAAGGAUCGGCCACAAGGAAAGGCAACCAGUCGCACAACAAAACACGCCGAGAGUGUGACGCAUCCAAAGAGCGGCGCAGACGCGACGGCGCAAGACGCCCGCGGCCGCGAGUCUCUGCAAGGGCCGAACAGGCCCGAGUUGGGCUCCAAACGCGAAAGGAGACAGCGGCGCGGCCAGAGACGGGGCGCGGGUCCGGGAUCGCGCGGCGGCAGCCGACUGAGAUCUGGAGAGCAAAGUCCUGAAGAUGGUGCAGAAGCGAGCGAUGAAAUGGACGAAUACGAACACCACACGAUUCUCGGGAAGCUGAGGCGGCUGAGCCAAGAUUUGAUUCCGGUGCCGCCAGCCCCUCAUGGCACCAGUCGGAAAGGUCACAACUCCCGGCCUUCCGCGCAGACCCAGGACGAUGGAGAUGCGGCGACGGGAGUGAACGAGAGUGCAAUGGUAGAGGUGUUCUCGAUGUGGUUGAGCCAAGGCCAGGGGGCGUCAAAGUGA